UCGAUCAUCUCGACAUCGAGAUAUAUAGAUAUGAAAAGAAAAUGGUGGUAUGUUUGAAAUUAUGCCGGUUAUUGUCAAGUAACUUUUGAUCCCACCCUCUCAUUUUUUUUUCUUUCUUUCUUUUCAGGACUCAAGGUUAAUGUGUCCCACAACCAGAAUGCCUUCCGGGGAGGAGGCAAUUUGUUGAUCUGGGAAAGGCUCAAGAGAUAAGAGAAUUAAGGAUAGCUACCAAAAAGACUAAUCCAAUCAAUAAUGAUGUACCUGAAAAUACAAUAUUUUUGUUACUUGACCAACCAUCAGAAAAAGAAAAUACAACGGGUACUCUACUCAGUAAGAUUGAUGAAGUAGCAAUUAAUGCAAAAACAACCAAUUGGAAAGCAAUAGUCAUAGUCGUAAUCCUCCAAGCUACCAACAAAUGAACUAAUACCAUUUGAUCCCCAUCGGUCGAAAUUGUAAUAACAUGGAUUGGAUCAUUAGGGGAUUUAACCAUGAAUCCGUUGAUAUUUUAGAACUCAUUACCACCUUUUUCCAACAUUGAAUUGAGAGGAAACUCUUCUUUACUGCACAACUGGCAUAAAGAUUGAAUCUCUAUCUUAAUGUUCAAGAGGGUACAUGGCUUUGAAGAAGAUGGAAUGCUUAUUUAAGCUUUACCCUCCCAUCCAUCUUCACUACUAACUCUCCACCGCAUCUCCACUCCACUAACGAAUGAAGCUGCCUCACCUUCUGCCCUUUCUCACGCUCAUCCUCUUUGCUUUCGCUUUCUCCAUGACUUUGCCUCUUAUGAGUGAAUCACACUUAUCAUUACUCAACAACCGCACGGACCAACAACCCUUGCUCUCCUUCAAAGACCACAUUACCUCCGAUCCCUAUAAUGUCUUAGGUGACUGGAACACCAGGACGAACUUCUGCAAUUGGACUGGUGUCUCGUGCAGCAAGUCCAGGCAAAGAGUCACCUACUUGAAUCUAACACACACUGGCUUGCAAGGUACGCUCACCCCCCAUAUAGGGAAUCUAUCAUUUUUGCGAGUUCUUGCCUUGCGAAACAACAGUUUGCAGGGAAGCAUACCUCCUGAAAUAGGCCGCUUGUCUCGCUUGCAAGUCCUGCGCGUAAGCCAAAAUCAAUUGGAAGGGAAGAUCCCACCAAGCAUCAGUGGAUGUAAAAAGUUGCAGCGCUUGAUAUUAUCAUAUAACAGGUUGGAAGGAAGCAUCCCUGAGGAGCUGGGUAUUCUACCAAACAUCAAGGUGAUGUAUCUUGGAUUUAAUUCCCUAACAGGCAGCAUCCCCCCUUCACUAGGAAAUCUUUCUACCUUGGAGGAAAUCCACCUGUCUAGUAAUCGUCUACACGGAAGCAUCCCUAAGAAGCUAGGUCUUCUACAAAAGCUAAAGCUUCUACAUCUUCAUCAUAAUUUCGUUAGAGGUACAAUCCCCCCAUCACUCGGAAAUCUUUCUAGCUUGGAGACAAUCCACCUAGGUAACAAUCUUCUACAUGGAAGCAUCCCAAAGGAGAUAGGACUUUUAGGUAGGUUAGCCCUAUUAACAUUCCAUGCCAACAACUUGACUGGACCUAUUCCUUCAACAUUCAAUAUCUCCUCUUUGAGAGGUUUAGACCUCCGUUCCAAUGGUUUAUCUGGCCAGCUUCCAACAAACAUGGGUUUUAUGCUGCCUAAUCUUGAAAACCUUAACCUAGGGGGUAAUCAACUGAGUGGGCCAAUCCCCACUUCUUUACAUAAUGCAUCCAAGCUCAACGUCAUUAAAUUACAGCACAACCAGUUCAAUGGACCUGUGCCUACAUCACUUGGACAUCUGUCACUCCUCGAAGUGCUCUUCCUCCAUGGUAAUCAAUUGGAGAAUGACCCAUAUAGUUCUUACCUCAGUUUUAUUGAUUAUUUAACAAAUUGCACUAUCUUGAAUGAGCUACAACUAGGCGAUAAUCAUAUCACAGGUUUCUUACCAAACUCCAUAGGAAAUUUCUCUAACAAUCUCCAAAUAUUUAGCAUUGGAGGCUGCCAUAUUAAGGGAAGCAUUCCAAUGAGCAUCAGCAACCUCCAUAACUUGAGAUGCUUGGAUUUGAGUCGCAACUCCUUAAGUGGAAAUCUCCCAUCGGAUAUAGGUAGGUUGCAGAAAAUUGAUCGCUUGCUUCUCAACGAGAACAAGCUCGAAGGAUCCAUCCCACCAGAGUUUGGUCAGUUGGAGAGUUUGCUCGAAUUGUACCUCAACGACAACAUGUUGUCUAGUCCCAUACCGCCUUCCAUGAACAACCUCACCAAAAUCUCUCAUUUAUACCUAGGCAAUAAUAGAUUAUUUGGGGAACUGCCUACUGAAAUAUGGCGUCAAGGAUUGCUCGAGGUAGAUUUGUCAGGAAAUUCAUUCUCUGGGCUUUUGCCCCAAGAACUGGGGAGUUCAAGUAUGUUGAUCACAAUGAACUUCUCUGCUAAUCGUUUAUUUGGAAACUUGCCUAACAGCAUGGGAAACCUCCAGGCUCUUGAAAACCUUGACCUAUCUCUUAACUCAUUUCAAGGGACAAUCCCUAGAACAUUUGGAGAAAUGAGAAGCUUGAAGUACAUGGAUAUCUCUUCAAAUAAAUUGUCUGGCGAGAUCCCAAGGUCCUUGGGUUCACUUAAUUAUCUUUUGUUCUUAAAUCUAUCUUUCAAUGGGUUUGAAGGACCAAUCCCGAGCAAAGGAGUAUUUGCAAACAUUACUGCAGAUUCCUUUAUUGGUAACUCACGACUAUGUGGACCCUCAAAGCUAAAGGUGCCAGCAUGCCCAAAAAAUGGUACAACACCAAGGUCAAGGUCAUGGACGAGAUCAUUGGCAUUUGAAAUCCCUCUUGGGAUCAUAUGUGCCUUUGUCUUUAGCCUUUUAUGCUUUGUUCUUGUUUUCUUUUGGAGGCAUGAGCUGAGGAUUGCCAUAACUGACGGUGUAUCACAAAUAAAGGGUCCAAGGUGGAUAUCCUAUUGUGAGCUUCGUCAUGCAACCAAUAACUUCAACCACUCAAACUUACUUGGAGCAGGUAGUUUUGGUUGUGUGUAUAAAGGAUUCCUAUCAGACAGCUCACACGUUGCAAUCAAAGUUUUGGAUUUGCAAAGAGAAGGUGCCACAAAGAGUUUUCACGCAGAAUGCACAGUGAUGCGAAAGAUACGCCACCGGAACCUGGUGAAGGUUAUUACUGCAUGUUGCAAUUUGGACUUCAAAGCAUUGGUUUUGCAAUUUAUGCCUAAUGGUAAUCUAGAAAGAUGGUUGUACCCUCAAGAUCACGCAUGUUGUCAACUGAGUUUUCUCCAAAGAUUGGACAUUGUGAUAAACAUAGCAGAUGCCUUGGAAUACCUCCAUCAUAAUUAUUCAGUGCCAAUAGUACAUCGUGAUUUGAAACCUAGUAACGUCCUCCUAGAUGAAGAUAUGAUUGCACAUGUUGGAGAUUUCGGACUCGCAAGGCUGAUUGGGGAGGAAAACUUUGUUACCGAGACGAGCACCAUUGGAACCAUCGGAUAUAUAGCUCCAGAAUAUGGAACCGGGGGAAGCAUAACUACUGGUGGAGAUGUGUAUAGCUUUGGGGUAAUAUUAUUUGAGACUUUUACAAGGAAGAGGCCCAUUGAUUCUAUGUUCUCCAAUGGUUUGAACUUGCCAAAAUGGGUGGACCAAGAAUACCCGGAUGGAAUGCUACAAGUUGUGGAUGGGGAUCUAUUGAUGGAAAAUAUUAGCCACAACAAUGGUAGAAACUCAAGACUACAAUAUUCAAGUUCAAUGCAUAAAUGCUUGUCAUCAGUCAUGGAGGUAGGUUUGUUAUGCACAAAGGAACGACCAAAUGAGCGGAUCAACAUUAGGGAUGCAACCUUAAAUUUGAAAGAUGCAAGAUCAAGCUACAUAGCGAUUUUGAGGGCCUAAUUGUUUACACUCAUUUCAUAUCGUGUCUCUGCUAUUCGUUUUUUUUUUUUUUGGGUGGCUUCCUCUACUUAUUCUCCUUUUCUUUAUCUCUUUUAUUUUAUUGGUGAAUGGUAGAUGGUUUGGACAGUUUGUGCAAAGAAGUGCUUUUUUAUAUAUUUUAGCAUUUGGUUGAACUAAAUUUUAAUAUAGUAACUUACAAUAAUUUGUGAAGCUGAAGUUUUUGCUGAAUUGUGAAUUGAUCAUGUGAACAAAAGUUGAAACCUUAACAAUGGAAAUUGAAUAAACAAAUCUUGUUGUCAUGAUUCUCCUUUGUGGUUUUGUUAGGAGUACAAGUAACAGAAGCACAGAUCAAGGGAAACAAAUCGUGUUUACAAUCAAAACAAAAAAUGAAUAAGAUGUACAUCUCGCUUUACAUUACAUAAAAGCCAAGGUUUUUCGAGUCCAGUUUUAUUUGAUUUUAAAAACAUGCUAAAAAUUUCUCAAGAUGCCCCCAGUUGGUGGAUCUUAACUUGUAGAAAAGUCUAUCAAUAAUAUUUCCAUUAAGGGGAAACAAUUAAAAGGGUUACCAGUAGAUAAAGUAUUGGCAUUUCAACAACAACACUUUUGGUUAGACAUUUAAAUAGUGCUUAUUAACUACGGAAAAAAAUGAAGGAGAAAUUGAAUGCUAGGAACGAAGAAUAUCCUCAAGAAAUUGAGUGUUUCCUAAAUCUAAAAUUUUGGGAUCUACUUUACAAUCAACAAAUGAAUAUCUAAAGAAAAAGAAAAAAUGGAUUUUGAGUUUUUAAAAAACUUGGAUCUAAGUGUACAAAAUUGGAUCCUCUCUAUAUGAUCUUAGGAUAUCAUUAUUUUCAAGCACAUAUAGAAUGUGCAUACUAUUUUUCUUUCUUCUUUUAUACUUUUUUCAUUUUCUCUUACAAGGUUGCUCCCUAGGUUUAAUUUGUCACAUGCUCGAAAUUUGAGGUCUUAAAACUAAUCUCACUUCAGUCUUUUACACAAGGGAGCAUAAACUGAUAUGAGCAUAGUCUUUAGGCCAUGGCA